UUCAUCUGCAGACUCUUCCCUCACCAGCACUGCUGGAGGGUUUCAUCUGGCUUCUGACCUCGGGGCCAUUGCAAUGGCUACGUUUUCUCUGCUUUUCCUUAUAGCUGGGGCUCAUCUGACUCCGACCUGUUUCGGCGUGGAGAUUGUUGGAGGGAAAGAGGUGCCACCUCACUCCAGGCCCUUCAUGGCUUCGCUCCAGUACCGCGGCAGUCACAUCUGCGGAGGGGUCCUGAUCCACCCUCAGUGGGUGCUGACCGCGGCCCACUGCCACCACCGCUUUGCCAAAAGCCAGUCUUCCAAAGUGGUUUUAGGAGCACACUCUCUCUCAAAGGACGAGGCCUCCAAGCAAACAUUUGAGAUUAUCAAGUUCAUCCCGCACUCAAGAUACGCAUCAGACCCCGACUCGCAUGACGUUAUGCUGGUUAAGCUUCGCGUGGCUGCAAAACUCAACAAGCACGUCCAGCUGCUCCAACCAAGCGCCAGAAAUGACAUUCGAGCCGGAACAAAAUGCCAGGUGACGGGCUGGGGCGCCACCGACCCAAAACGUUUAGGCAUCUCUGACACCCUGCGAGAAGUCACUGUGACUGUCAUAAGCCGGAAACUGUGCAACAGCCCAAGUUAUUACAACCACCGCCCUGUCAUAACCAAAGGCCUGGUCUGUGCAGGAGAUGCCAAGGGUCAGAAGGACUCCUGCCAGGGUGAUUCAGGCGGCCCCCUGGUCUGCAAAGGUGCCUUCUAUGGCCUGGUCUCUGGAGGCCGUAAAUGUGGUGUUGCCAAGAAGCCUGGAAUCUACACCCUCUUAACCCAGGAAGUCCAGGCUUGGAUCAAAAGCAAGCUUCCCCCACCUGCAAAAUAAGGCUCAACUGAUGCUCUUGGUUCUGCUUGCUUUGGGGGGUUUUUGUUUUCUGCGUAAUAUGUUCUACAGGCCAGCUCUGUUCAGAUGUCCUUGGAGGUAGUUCAAGUGGGCACAGUCAGGGUGCCCUCCGGCCCCUCACGACUGAUUUUGUCAUGGAAUCAAGUUCUCGGUCGUAAGUCUCGCGGAUGUAUGUCCACUAUGCUGACUCCAUUCUGAAUAAAACUUAGAA